AUGUGUGUAACAACGUUCUUUUCUUUUGAUGCCACUGAAGUAAAAUGUGGGCGACUAGAGUGGUCUCCAGUCCACCGGUCUGCUCAGUUCUGGGGAGAAAAUGCAGCACGUUUGAAUGAGCACAACUAUGAGCUUCUUCGCUGUCUGGUCCAUUUACUUGAUACUUCUGAGGAUGCUUUGGUGCUCAGCAUUGCAUCCUUUGAUGUUGGUGAAUACGGCCGUCACUAUCAGCGAGGCAAACAGGAGUAUCUAGGACGCCAGUUGGAAAAAGAGCAAGGAUCAACACCUACUGCAGCGAAAUCUGCAGCUGGAGUAUUCGCUGAUCUGUUCCAAGGAGACAUUGCAGAGGGAGAAGGAGAUGACUCUGAUUUUCAAUUACAUUUAUCUGGAGAGAGUGCUGAAGAAAACCAGCAUCAGUGUUUGCCCAAGGAAGGACCGCUUCAACAAGGCCAUCCGCAUAUUUUAAGGCCAUCUAACAGUGUAUGUAUUAGUCUCGUCAACUACUCUUUCUCUUCCACCCUAUCCGAUAACUCAGAGAGCAAUAAAGAAAACUUGGAGCAUGAUUUCUUCAACCUAAGGGAAACGAAAACCCGAAGCAAAAAACCACGCCCUGAAAUCUGGCAAAAGAAUAUGCAGAAGUCCAAAAGAAUGCUAGGUGACAGUUAUGUUAGCAGGCAAAGGAAAAAAGGUUGCCCAGCUCGAUUAAUCAAACAACGUGAGAAAAAAUUAGGGCCUAGGUGCAUAUCCAAGAUGUGCAAGACGAGUCAAAAAAGGCACUGUUACCUAUGUACAGAGACCACAAGGCCUGUCAUAUUUGAAGACUUCUGGGCCCUUCCUUGGGAGGCAAAACAAAUUUUUGGGUAAAUGUGAACAAACCCAAA